AUGACAAAUUUCCGACACGUCACAAAAAUUUCCCGCCAGUUUUGUUCAAAACCUCCUCACAAACAUAUUCAAGUAUGCAUCCUAGGGGCAGACUCGCCUUUAGGGCAACCUUUGUCCUUUCUGGUCAAACAAAACCCAACGAUAUCGGGGUUACAUAUUCAAGGCACCAACAGGGUGGAAUCCAUGGGUUUCGAUCUGAACCAUUUCGACACUAGGUGCAAGGUACGAUGGUACUACGACAUGGACAGCGUGAACAACUCGGUUAAAGGCGCUGAUAUUGUUGUUAUGACAGGACUUAACACCGCUACGAGUAAAAUGUCUUUAGCCAAACUCGUUAUGGCCGAAGGAGUUCGAGUGUCAAAGUUAGCAGAAGCUUGUUCUAGAUAUGCCCCAAAAGCGCUUAUUCUAGUUGCUGUAGAUCCAAUUUCCGUGACGUUACCCAUAGUUGCCGAAGUUUAUAGACAGACGGACUGGUACCAUCCUGGGAGGUUACUUGGGUCUGCUGCGUUACCACAAAUUAAAGCGAAUGCACUGGCUGGGCAUUAUCAAACUUUGGAUCCGCAGAUGGUGCAUGUGCCGAUAAUAGGGGGACCUGAUUUAGAUUGUGCGAUUCCACUUUUCACUCAAACGCUUCCAGUGGAAAUUUCGCAACCAGAUUCCGACAGAUUGCUUGAGCUGUUUAGAAAAGAAACGCCGCAUCCUGUUAUGAGCCAUGCGGUAGGAAUUAAUAGAAUGUUAACGGAAAUUGCGAGAGGGAUAAAUGGUGAUUUUAACGCAAAUAUACUGGCUUUUGUUAGAACGAAAACCAUUAGUACAUGCAGCCACCUCGUCUGCACCGUAAAAGUGGGCAAAAACGGCAUAACCCACAACUACGGCCUCCAGAAACUCCAGCGCCAAGAGCUGUUGCUUUUCGAAGAAAUAAGUCUGCAGCUAAAGGCCCGCGAAGAAAUGGCGUCCGAGCUCGUCAACCGCGAAGACAAAUGCGCUCUGCCCUCUUUCAUGAUCGAGGAAAUGGAACAAGAAAAAAUGGAAGAACAAGGUAUCAUCCGGUGAAAAAAUGUCGUGCCCGUUCCAUAAAUAAAGUC